CGUGCUGGACGUCCUCGUGGAGGUACGCGAGAGACGCGCUUCGCUUCACGCGGCGGGGGCGCCUGCAGCAGCACCGCGCACCUUGCACCCCGCGCCGCGCGUGGAGAGAAUGCCACCAAAACCCGAGGACUCCUAGACAUCCUCCUCGGCCCUUUAUCGGCACCGUAUCUCAUCGUAAUCCUGGGCCUGCCGGGCCGGCGUAUGGUGACCGGCCGGCACGCGUGCCAAGGUGGACGCGGCCGCGGCCCUGCACCUGCACGACGACGCGAGUCAGGCGAGAUAAGCACGAGCCGGGAGCGCGCGCAGGGCCAGUAUGUAGUAGUGGAGCUGGUCAGGAGAGUGGGGCUCGCACGCAGGGUUCAUCCUCUGUCGCGUCGUCGGCGGCGGGUCGCCCUGCAGACUGCGGACAACAUACCGGCGCGGCACGGCGCGGACUAUCGUCAGGACGCCGACGGCGCAGACCCACCCACCGCCCGGCAUGGCCGUCACCGUCAAGCCGGCGCACGAGCCCCCCGACGGCGGGUACGCCUGGGUCAUCAUGGCGGCGUACGCCUUCAACACCAUCCUCGGAAUCCAGAUGAAGGGCAUCGGCCUAGUGUUCAAGGACAUGUUCAGUGAGAUGGAUAUGCCUGCCACGGACGUCGCCAUCAUCCUGAACCUGAACCUGUCCUUAAGCCUGCUCCUCGGUAUCUUCACCGGCGCGCUCAUUCGGAAGUUCGGCUACCGGAAGGUGGCCGCGGCUGGCGCGCUCCUCACCUGCGCCGGGCUCCUCCUCACCUCCGUGGCCACCACGUUCAUCGACUUCGUCAUCUACUUCAGCAUCAUCACUGCCGCUGGCUUGGGGCUGACGGCGCCCUCCUUCAGCGUGGCCUUCCACUCGUACUUCCGUCGGCGGCGCAGCAUGGCCUCGAGCGUGCUGUCGACCCUCAUCGGGGUGGUAGGCAUCGCGUGCCCGCAGGUGAUCGGGCUGCUGCUGCGCGAGUACGGGCCCAGGGGUACGUGUGUGAUGCUAGCCGGCUACGCCCUCAACGUGCUGGUAGCCGCCGCGCUCCUCCACCCCGUGAGCUGGCACUCUCGCGCCGCAAGCAACCCUGACGUGAAGGUGCUGGUGGAGGACGCCGUCGAGGAGUCCACACCGGUCGACGACUUCGCGCUCCCCCCGCUGCCCGUCCUCAUGGAGGAGACGGACGCCGACCUGCGGAGCGAGCUGCUGGGCAGUCUGGGCUCCAUGCGCCGGCGAGCCUCCACGGUGUCCAGCUACCACACGGCGCGGCGACCCAGCGAGGCCAGCAACACCAUGUGGGCGUCCGCCAGCAUCCUGGACAUGGUGUGCAGCAAGCCCGGCGGCCUGGACCAGGCCCCGGCCCUGGACAAGCUGCCCAAGAGCCCCAGCAGUAAGGACGAGCCGCCGGCGCCGCCGCGCGCGCCCCGCACCCUGCGCGAGGACGUCCGGCUCUGCUGGAGGUUCCUGGUGGACUUCUUCGGCCUGGACCUGCUGGCGAACCCCAGCAUCGCCAACAUCAUGCUCGGUCUAGCACUCGGCCUCUUCGGCCAGGGCAACUUCAACCAGUUCCUGCCCUUCAUCUUUGCCGAGCGCGGGCUGAGCACGACGAACAUCGUCAACAUCAUGUCCCUCAUGGCCGUGGCCUCCACCGUCACCAAGCUCCUGGCGCCGCUGCUGCAACGGCUGCUGCGCCAGUCGUCCCGGGUCAUGUGCGCAGCCACCUUGGUGAUGCUCGUCGCGGGGCAAAUAGCCCUCGCCUUGGUGCGAGACGACACCGCGGUCUUUGCGAUUGCCGUCACCCUGGGCAGCAUCAACGGCUUCAACAUCGUGUAUUACAUCCAAGUCCUCCCGGACAGCGUGCCACCCGAAGACCUCGCCUCCGCCAUCGGCCUCCAGGCCGUCCUCGGCGGCGUCGUCAUGCUCGUCUGCGGGCCUCUGAUCGGCGUUAUCCGAGACCAGUCGGGGAGCUACGACAUGGUCAUCAUGACGUGCUGCGUCUUCACGCUCGUCUGCAUCACCAUGUGGCUGGUCGAGUUCAUCACGGCGGCAGUGAAGGGCCACGGCCGGGGCCACGGCCGGGGCCGCGGCCGUGUAGGUGAUAGUUGAGGGGAGCGUUUUGUUGUUUUUUAAGUUAUUACAUGAGAGAAAUCUAAGACUGACUCUUGGAAUCGAAGAUAAAAAUUUAUUAACGAGCCAAAACAAAGAUUGGUAAAGACUAUGUAUUGUAAAUAAAAAAAAAACUAAUUUGUCA